UGAAGUGAACCACAGUCCUUGCUACACUUUCUUCCAAGACAUUUAUCGUUCAAUUCAUUUCCUUUCCAUAACAAACGCAUUUUGUUUCUUCACGCGACUCAUUCAACUACAUCCGGAAAGAAGGAGAAAAGGACAGCGCUUAAAUUUCGCUCGUUCAGCUUUUGCCAACCAGCUGCCAGGGAGAUUUUUAACGGGAUCUGUCAUGGUUGAUAGUUAGCACGUAAGCUACGGGGGUAUAGCUCGCUGGCGGAUCGAUAUAUCGCUUUAUUGAAAGUGUGUUUCUGGUAAUGCAGCGGCGGCAGCUGCUCUAAUGCGAUUAACGCAAAUGUGACCGCAAGCGCGCGCAUGUCUGCGAUCUUCAUUGCAGUUGCAUACGAGCUCACGACAGUUGUGUCGAAGUUGUAAAUGCGGAAAUAACAGCCAUUUGUGGCCGACAUCAUAAUCAUUAAUUGCAGUUUAAGUGUUGAAAAUAACGCGCAUUGUUUCGGAAAGAUAUAUAAAAGUAUAUCGCUGUGCGCGCGCGCCACUAUAUAAAAAGUGAAGAUUGAAAUUUAGGUCGUGCAUGAAGAUUAGUGACCACAGCAGGAUGUCACAGGGAUUUGUGAGCUGAGAUGCAUAACAAAAACAAAAACAAAAACAUGUCAUCCUCCCUGUCAUAAUAACCCAUUUUGAAAGUUCGCUAUAGAAUUGUACAGACAUUUACAGCGCUUAAUAUUACGUCGUUUGGUUUUAUUAGUCUAAAUGGUUGUGCAUUGGCAAAGCAAUCUGUCAAAGUCACUUUACUGAUCAAAUACACUAUAAAUCAGUCACAUCAUCAUGUCAGGGGACAGUAGUGGUAGUGGUGAGGACUCGGACCGGGAAACCCACCGUAAAGUGUGCACUGUUAAACAUGAGAUCACUAAUGCAAACCUCACAGGACACACUGAGAAAGUUGGCAUGGAGAACUUUGAACUUCUCAAAGUGCUUGGCACUGGAGCUUACGGGAAAGUUUUCCUGGUCCGGAAAAUCAGUGGUCAUGAUAAAGGCAAACUGUAUGCCAUGAAGGUUCUGAAGAAAGCAGCCAUAGUUCAGAAAGCAAAGACGGCCGAACACACUCGGACAGAGCGGCAGGUACUGGAACACAUCCGCCAGUCACCCUUUCUCGUCACCCUCCAUUAUGCCUUCCAGACCCAAACCAAACUGCACCUUAUACUGGACUAUGUGAGUGGAGGAGAGAUGUUCACUCACCUGUACCAGAGAGAUCAUUUCUCAGAAGAUGAGGUGAGGAUCUACGUGGGAGAGAUCAUACUGGCCCUGGAGCACCUGCACAAGCUAGGCAUUGUGUACCGGGACAUUAAACUGGAGAAUAUCUUAUUGGACAGUGAUGGUCAUGUGGUCCUGACAGACUUUGGGCUGAGUAAGGAGUUUCUGGAGGAAGAGAAGGAGAGAACAUACUCAUUCUGUGGCACUAUAGAGUACAUGGCACCAGAGAUUAUCAGAGGGAAAGCUGGCCAUGGCAAGACGGUGGAUUGGUGGAGUUUGGGGAUUCUGAUGUUUGAGCUGUUGACGGGAGCGUCUCCGUUUACUUUAGAGGGAGAGAGGAAUUCCCAGAGCGAAGUGUCCAAACGUAUCCUGCGCUGUGAGCCUCCAUUCCCCUCUAUAAUUGGACCUUUGGCGCAGGACCUCUUGAGAAAAUUACUGGUGAAGGACCCUCAUAAGAGACUGGGGUCUGGCCCUCGAGGGGCAGAGGACAUCAAGAGUCAUCCAUUCUUCAAGGGUUUAAACUGGUCUGAUUUGGCUGAGAAAAAAGUUGCGAGUCCAUUCCGUCCAGAACUCCGAAAUGAAUUGGAUGUGGGAAACUUUGCAGAAGAGUUUACAGGGAUGGAGCCAGUCUAUUCCCCUGCCAGCACACCACCUAGUACAGACCGUCUAUUUCAGGGCUACUCUUUCGUGGCUCCUUCUAUCUUGUUCAACAAGAACGUGGUAAUGGGGGAUGUCCUGGAUGCUCACGCGAAUGUUGACAGGCCCGGUUCUGCUACAGUCCAUCGUAGUGCUAUGCUAAAGGAGUCUCAGUUUUUCCUGCACUAUGAGCUGUGCCUGCUGGGGGCACCACUUGGUGAGGGCAGUUUCUCUGUCUGUAGGAAGUGCAGACACAGGCAGAGUGGGCAGGAAUAUGCUGUAAAAAUUGUCAGCCGAAGGAUGGAGGCCAUGACUCAGAAAGAGGUGGCAGCAUUAAGACAGUGUGAAUCUCACCCGAACAUUGUCACACUCCAUGAGGUCUAUACUGAUCAGUAUCACACAUAUCUGGUCAUGGAGCUGUUGCGUGGCGGUGAGCUGUUGGAGCGGAUCAGGAAGAAGAAGAUGUUUGCUGAAUGGGAGGCCAGUCAGCUAAUGAAGAGUCUGGUGUCUGCGGUCAGCUACAUGCAUGAGGCUGGAGUAGUACACCGAGACCUCAAACCAGAGAAUGUGCUGUUUGCCGAUGAAUCAGAUGACUCAGUGUUGAAGGUGAUUGAUUUUGGUUUUGCGCGGUUGUUUCCAGCGGGUAGCGGCAGUGCUCCUCUGCAGACUCCCUGUUUCACCCUGCAGUACGCUGCGCCCGAGCUCUUCCACAGCUCUGGAUACGACCAGGCGUGUGACCUUUGGAGCCUGGGGGUCAUCUUGUACACCAUGCUCUCUGGACAAGUUCCAUUCCAGAGUGAUAAAAAAGGAAUGACAUCAUCACACGCUGCUGACAUCAUGCAUAAAAUCAAAGAGGGAGACUUCUCAUUGGAAGGAGAAGGCUGGAGGGGUGUGUCUGAAGAGGCCAAAGAUCUAGUGAGAGGCUUGUUAACUGUAAACCCUGAGCGAAGGCUGAAGCUCUCUGCUCUGAAAGAGAAUGCCUGGCUUCAAGGAGGGGGUGUCAUGUCCUCCACGCCCCUCUGCACACCUGAUGUUCUGGAGUCCUGUGGCCCGACCGUCCGAACCUAUGUCAAUGCCACCUACAAGGCAUUUAACAGGGGAAAGCGUGAGGGUUUUUUCCUUAAAAGCGUCGACAAUGCUCCGCUAGCAAAACGGCGGAAAUUGAAAAUGACCAGCACUGGCGUGGAAACCCGCCGCAGCUCCUCCUCCUCUUCAUCUUCCUCCUCUUCCUCAUCUGCUUCCCAUUCCAAGAUGCAGAAUUGCCAAUCUAUGGCUCCCCACGAAGAACCCAAAUUGUGACAUUUCACCUCUAAAUGAUAAGAUGCGUUGAUGUGGUGAGAAAAUGUAACGCAAAAGCAUUUUGCAGCAUGAAAAGACUUUCACCUUGAAAUAGCAGAUUAAGGCAACAAAUUCAACAUUACAAAAGAGAUUGAACUUUCAUCUCGAAGUGUGCAGCUGGCAAGAUCAACAGUUUGUCAUUGGAUAUUUAAUCAAAGAAGAGAAAUGGUGUUUUUUUUAAAGAUGGUGGCUUUCUAAAAAACACGAUGCCAAGGACAUGAUCCACUUUAGAAAAGAGACUCGGAUGGCAUUCCUUGUACAAUAUUUUGGGACGCUGUUUUGGUUUACUCACAUUUUGAGACAUUUUAAUGAAUGUAACUAUGGUGGGUAUCCACAUGGAUUUGAAAAGAUAUUUAAACCGAGUUUAAGAUUGAAACACAUGGAACUGGGAUCGGGGAAGGGUGUAAUAUUAAGGAAAAAAUUAGUGGUAAAGAAAGUCGUAAGAGAGCAAAGCCAUAUGCGAGAAUUAGAGUGAACUUCUAUUUAAAUGUAUCUUAAAGUUUUAUCGAUCCACUGAGCAAAGCUUUAUGUGAAUCAUGUAUAGGCUAUUUACAGUCAUGUUACUACUUUCAGAAGUUUUCUCAAUGUGUGCAUGGUUGUAGUAUUUUAAAUAUUUAGCAUUUUAAAAAACUGGCCUAUGAAGUCAGACCACACAUGUUUGCCUUCACUAAUCCGCCAAUUACAAUGUGGGGCUUUGGACAAGGAUACUGCCUCCUAUCCACAGUUUUGGUCUCGAUCUUUAUGCCCUGUAUUUUUAUCUUUAGUUGUCGUGUGAAGUACAUAGAGAUGACUUUAUAUGCUGUCACUUACUUGACUGAUUUCAAAAGGUAUAGAACCUUGUGAACCGGCCGAGUUUGCCGCCACCUUUAUCAGACUUGUAUCUGUGUACUUGAAAUGCUGCGUAUGCUUCUUAAAGGCAUAGUUUGCCCUAACAUGAAAGUUCUGUCAUCUUCUACUCACCUUCAUGUUGUUCCAAACCUGUGUGACUUACUUUCUUCUGUGAAACACAAAAUUAGAUAUUUUGAAGUAUGUUGAAGCUGCUCUUUUCCAUACAAUGAAAGCAGACAGUGACCACUGGCUGUUAAGCUCAAGAAGGCACCAUAAAAGUAGUAUGACUUUGUGAGGAACAGACAUAAUUUAAGAUGUUAUUCACUGAAAAGUAAUGUGCUAGUUCUAUUUCAUGCCUCCUAAAUGGCUUUUUUUCUUUCUUUUUUUUAAUCUGUCAAAAUGACCAACAGCAGUUUAUCUGUCAAUGUUUAAAAAAUGUGUUAACGCACAGAAUCUGUUCUGCUGCAGACAUGGAGAGAAUAGUGAUCAUACUGUGUAAAUUAGCACAAUAAUUAUUCAAAAUCACCUGCAUUUAUAACUAUAGUAUGUAAAAAAGGUUUCCAGUAUCCAGUGAAAGGCUAAAUAAAAUAAAAAAAAAUGUGUGAUAGAGUCAAUUAGAAUCUAAGCAUGUUCAACUAAAAAAAGAGAAGCCUCAUUUUUUCCUUGGUUGAGUAGAUAAAUAGAUAAUUAAUCAUUUAAAAUAAUUUUAUUUCUCAAUAAAGUUUUCAUUGUAAUGGACAUGACAGGUCAUCCAUUAUUUUUAACAUCGCUUAAAAUGGAAAAGGAAACUUGCGUUAUUUUUAAGUUAAAGUUUUUUAUUCACUUUCCAUAAAAAUGAUAUAUAUCGUUGUUGAUAAAAAAAUUCAACAAAAUUGCAGUAUUAGUUUUUGCUUAUAUUGCCAACCCCUACUUUACUAUACAACACUAUACUGAUCGACCGAUAAGGGGUUUUUUAAUGGCCGAUGCCGAUAUCUAGAAAGUAGUUCUGAUAUAUCUGAUAUCACACAAUAUGAUAUAAUAGUAAAUAAUACAUAAAAUUGCUAACAAAAAUUUUGUUUACUUUUGUUUAGCAUUAUAUUUACUCAAUUUCACACAAAAACGUUAACUUUGUAAAAAUAGAAAUAAAAAACAUGUAACAAAAUAUAUUUUUUGCAGUUACAUGUUGAAGAUGGCUCCUAUACAUGCAAGCUGGCAAUUCUCUGCCAUCACGGCUUCCAAAACUUAUCAGACAAAUGCGGAAAAUUUAGCGGCCAAUGCAGAUAAUUUAAAAAUACCAAAUAUUGGCCCAUAUAUAUUGGCCUCGUGAUGUAUUAGUCGUCCACUGCUGUACUAUACUGUACUAUAUUUAAAAAAUAUAUGUAUAUAUUUAAGCCAAUUUUUAUAUUUAUACAUAGAAAUUCAAUAAAUUUCCAUCAUAUUGAAUUAUGCAAUAUUUAACUAAAUUAAAUUAAUAGACUUUAAUAUAUAAAAGUUGUAUUACUUUAAUUUUGUUCAAGAUUACUCAAUUCAAUUUGAUGGAUAUUUUUUUGUGUGUAUGCUAUAUAGCACAAGUUGUGUGAACUACUUGUGUGGUGUUUGUCUUUUUUGGAGCUCGACAGCCUCUGUGCACUCUGUAUUCCGCUGAAUAUCUUUGUUUCUGUUCUACAAAUGAAAAGAGGUCAUAUGGGUUUGGAACACAUGAGGGUGUGUAACCGAUGACAGAAUGAACUUUUUUUUUUUUUUUUUUACUAUUCAUUUAUUCGCCUGUACACUCUUGUCUCUUCUACUUAUCUGAGCGAUCCAAACAUCCACUGCCUGUUUAACUCUACUACCCACUGUAAGGGCUGAGGUUCACAAUACAGCAAUCAAUCCCUCCGAUUCUCAAGGGCUUUCACAAUCAGUCCAUGCUGUAAGCGAGCGACCCUCUUGCACUGUGACAAGAGUGAGAGAAGAAACACAUCUUUAGUUUUGCAGAAUUUUAUAACUUGUUGUUUAAUGUACUGUACAAGCAUUCAGACGUUUUUGCAUUGAGUCUUUAUGCUGUAUGCGCUUUGUAAAUCAACCAAUGAACACCUGGGAUUCAGAGCACGCGAGCGGUUUUAUGAAGAAGCGAGCAGGUGUCGGGUCGCAGUUAAACACCUUCAACAUUGUUUAAUAAACUGCACUUUCCUUUUAAGAGGUGUGAGGCUGGCAGGUAUGAACAAUUUAAUGGUCAAACCGAUUGUUUGGCGCUGUUUUUAUUAAACUAAUAUAUUCAUCAGUUUUCUGUGCCAAAAUAAUCAGUUAAAUGGGGGAUAAUAUAGUCUGUCUGAUUAAAUAUAUGUUUUUAGCAGUCCUUGCACACGACACUAGUCUUUACAUGACUUUGUUGUGCACAAGUGAUGCUUCUAUCAGAUUUUCAUUGAUGGAAACAGUUUGUGGAAAGACUGAAACAAAUUCUGCACAUUCGGGUCCAUGUCUUUUGAUUUAGUAUGAUUUACUCCAAGGGGCUCUGAGGUGUAAUUUUGCUCAGCAUUUGUAAUCAAAGUAUCUUUCAGAUGUGAUCAGCACAAUUAUGCCAUGCGAUUAAAAUUAAUUGGAGUUUAGGGCUAUUAAGGGAUGACCUAAUGAACACACUGAUUUUACACUAUUAUUUUAUGUUUAUGUGAAUGUAAAAUCCUUUUUAAUUACAUCUGUCGCACAAGUUUUGUCACGUCAGUGUGUUCUUGGCUUUAACAACUGUAAUAACUUUUUAUUUAUUACUUUUUCUUACUCUUUAUAUCUUUAUGUUUGGAAUAGUGAUUAUUCCACAGUGUUAUGGAUUUUUGCUUCUUUUAGUUUAGUGUUUGACUUCUUUUUUUUUUUUUUUUUUUAUGUGGCAAAUGAAUUUGUCAGUAGGAACAAGUUGUCUUUAUUAAGAUCAUGUGCACUGCAUCACAAAUUAUGUUGUGUGGAAGUUAUAGAAAUGUACAUUUUUGAUUUCGGAAUGUUUUAAUAGAUAUGAUUUUAAGUCUAAGGGUGAGCUCACUGUCUCUUUUUAAUGGUUUUAGUUUCAGUUUGGACUUUCUGUGUAUGUUAUGUUAUUGUUAGGGUUCUGAUUUGCAUGUUUUGAUGUUUUUAUUUUUUAAAAACUUUUCUUGAUAACUUGAGUGUUGUCUCUGCCAAAAAAAGUUUUGUAAGAUAAAAAAGAAUCUUGGAGCAAAAUAAAAUACACGGUUAUAAGAAG